AGUCCAUGUAAGAAGCUCAACUGUUGACCAAUGGGAAAUGUGCCUUCUCUCUGGAGGACUGCAGCACAACUGCUGGUUAAAGUGUUGCUGAACAGGAAGUUGCUGAGUAGAAUUGAGAGAAGUUCAACAGACAUGAGGGUCUCUUAUCAGACUCUAGUCUUGCUUUUCUUAGCAGGCUUAUGCUCACUUGAGAAAGUUUCAGUCCACACAUUCUUCAGCAGACCGAUCCCAGGAACUCUACAGAACGUCAGUAAGAAUGACACUGGGGUGAAGGAGGCCGUCCUGACUGGAACCUACUCAUUUAAUAAUAAGUCAAACGAUGCCUUCCUGUUCAAAGCAUCAGCUGUUGAUGACGCAAAGAGACAGAUCGUCAAAGGCAUCCGCUAUAUUUUGGAAGUGGAGAUCUCACGGACUGUGUGCAGGAAGAGGGGCAACACUGACGACCUCAACAACUGUCCCUUCCAGACAGACCGUCUGUUACGACAGACAUUCUUCUGUCACUUUGACGUCUGGUCCAUUCCAUGGAUGAAGACAAUGUCAACUACAUAUUUUAAAUGUCGUUCAAAUGAUAUAUUCUGAAAAUUGUUUUUCACCUGAAAUGUCAUGCUAAUUUAAUACCCAACUGAAUGUGAAAAUAAAGUAAGCUGCAGUGAA